CUUUUAUUUUUAUUCUCUCCAACAAACAUGACCUCCAGCUCCAGGGACGAUUCUGUCCCCGUGCCCUACUCUCUUCUUCCUCCAAAUGCCGCUCACCAAAACGUCGUCGUAUUGUCCCUCUACCGUCCCCCACGAUUCCGGCGUCGGCGGCUUCUGCGCCUCUGUGCCUUCUACUCCGCCGCCUUCCUCCUCCUCUCCGCCGUAGCCUUUCUUCUUUUUCCGGCCGAUCCGUCGCUACAACUCGUCCGAUUGAAACUCAACCGCCUCAAAGUCCGUCUGUUGCCUGUUCUCCUCCUUGACCUAUCUUUCUCUGCUUCUGUUAGGGUUCGCAAUAACAAUUUCUUCUCUCUCGACUACAAUUACCUCGGCGUUUCCGUCGGGUACCGUGGAAGGCGACUCGGAUUUGUGAGCUCGGAGGGCGGCCGAGUGUCUGCUCGAGGCUUGUCUUACGUGAAUGCCACUCUCGAUUUGAAUGGCUUCGAGGUCAUCCACGACGGCAUUUACUUGAUCGAGGAUUUGGCGACGGGUAUCGUCCCGUUCGAUACGGAGACAGAGGUGGAAGGAUACAUGGGGCUUUUCUUUAUCAAAUUCCCGAUUAAGGCAAGGGUGUCAUGUGAGGUUUUUGUGAAUACAAAUGACAAAACGAUUGAACAUCAAGAUUGCUACCCUGAGUGAAGGGAAGGAUAGCAAAAUUCAAUUUUCAUAAUGGCAUUUGUGCCGUGAAGCUGAAACUGGGAAUCCCUGCCUGAUCCUACUGAGUUUCACUCUGUAAAUAUUACUCUUAGGAAGUUUAGGCUCCAUUGUCAUAUAUGAUAGGGAUUUGAGGGAAGAAAAAAAAAGGGUGAAUACCUCUGUGGAUUGUGACUUAGAGACCAUGUUUUUAUAAAUUACUCAAGAGUAGUGAUCAGAUUCUUACACGAGCUA